GCUUCCCAAGAAAGCAUUCCACAAUCCCCACGCUCCAGACGGGGAGAGACAAUGUCUGUUGAGGUUGAGGGACACCCCGACCGGCGAGCUCCGGCGUCGGCCAUCGCUCCGGCUGGAGUCGGCGCUGCAGCCGUCGAGGCCAACUUCCUCUGGGAGUUGCGCAAGUACGUGCUGCUGCAGGCAACGCUUGCGGCAAGCGUCACCUACUCGGCGGGGCUGAGCCCGCCGGGCGGGUUCUGGGACGACAACGACGGCGACAGCCUCGCCGGCGACCCCGUGCUCCAGGUCACCUACCCACGCCGCUACGAGGUCUUCUUCUACUUCAAUGCAAUCGCCUUCGUCGCCUCCAUCGUCACCGUCAACCUCCUCCUCGUGCACAAGUUGAGCCGCCACCGCUGGUGGCUCCGGGGGCUCCAGGCUGCCAUGAUACUCGACCAGCUUGGCCUCAUGGGGGCGUAUGCCGCCGGCAGCUGCAGGGAGCUGGCCAUGUCCGCGUAUGUCAUCGCUCUUGUCGCUCUGGUCUCCACCUACGUCUGCGCCCAUGUCCUCAUCUUCGCACUGUGGGCCUUGACAAGGCACGACGCCACCAACAACACGACGGCAGAAGCGCCGGACACUGUGAAGCACUCGCGCAAGUACCUGCUCAUCUUCGCAACCCUCGUUGCGACAGUGACGUACCAAGCUGGGCUGAGCACGCCAGGCGGGUUCUUGUCGGACAGCCAGAGCAAUGGCCGCCUGGCCGGGGACCCCAUGCUCCGCGGUCACCAUCCGAACCGCUUCAUGGGCUUCUUCUACUUCAACACCACGGCGUUCGUGGCAUCUCUGGUUGUCAUCAUGCUGCUCAUGAGCAGGACCGUGACGCGCCACGGCUUCCAGUCGUGCGCGCUCUGGGUGUGCACGGGUGCGGCUCUGAUUGGCCUCACGGGCGCCUUCUCUGUUGGAAGCAGCCGAAGCGUCAAGACUUCCAUCUACGUCAUUGCAUUGGUGAUCGCUAUUCUCCUCUACAUCGGCCUUCAGGUUCUGGUGUUCUUGUGCAAGCCUGUGGAGAAUUGGGUCCACGAUGUCCAAGAAACAUUGCAUAAAUAUCUGAAACUGGACCAAACUGAAUCGCAAGAUCACCAGGUUCGUGCACUAUCUGAUCCACAAGAAAUUGUCGAUGCCAAUCAGCUUCUCCAGAAAUCUCGCAUGUACCUGCUUCUCCUCGGGAUUCUUGCGGCGAGCGUCACAUACCAAGCAGGACUGAACCCGUCGGGUGGUUUCUGGGAAGCAAAUGCUACUGAUGGCCUGCAUCACUACCUCGCCGGUGAUCCAAUCCUUCACAUCACAUAUCCCCGGAGAUAUCUGGCUUUCUUCUACUGCAAUGCCACGGCCUUUGUUGCGUCGCUGAUUAUUCUUAUCCUACUCCUAAGCAACGUAUUCAGCACCCAAGGAAUCAAGUAUUGUGCAUUGCAGAUUGCCAUGAUCAUGAACCUUCUUGGGCUGAUUGGGGCGUAUGCUGCCGGGAGUUGCAGGCAAGUAUCCAAAUCUGUGUACAUCUCAGUGAUUGUCAUUCCAGUGUUCCUCUAUGUUGGCAUCCAUGUUCUGGUGUUCAUGUUAGAAGUCUUCCCAAAUCAUGCUACGUGGAGAGAAAUGGUGAAGGAGAAGCUGGAGCAGUCCAUGCCCGAAUGGCUCAAGAAGUUGUUUGAGCUACCAGCCGAGGAGGGAGAUGAGAACCUGAAAUGGAAAUUAGAGAAGAGUCGCAAGCUUCUGCUGCUCCUUGCCAUUCUUGCAGCAAGCCUUACCUACCAGGCAGGCAUGAGUCCCCCGGGCGGCUUCUGGCAAGAGAACAAGACAGGCCAUGUUGUCGGCAAUCCAGUGCUCAACGACAACUACCCACACCGCUACCUGGCUUUCUUUUACUGCAACGCAACUGCCUUCGUUGCAUCUCUGGCCAUCAUCAUGCUGUUGGUGAACAGAAAGCUUUCGGCAAGAGGAAUACAGUCCCACGCGCUCAGGGUAUGUGUGAUCCUUGACCUGAUUGGGCUCAUGGGUGCGUUCGCAGCCGGGAGCUCCAGGAAGGUAUCAACAUCCAUAUAUAUCUUCACCCUGGUCUUUGCAGUUCUAGUCUGCAUUGCGCUUCAAGUUGUUCUAGUUGUAUCAGAGUCAGUUCAACGUCUCGUACAGAAACUUCUAUCCUUGCUUGGCAUAAUGGAGGAAGCAUCCAAUGACAUAUUGCCACAUACGGCCCCCGUUGGAGAGGUGCCGGAUCUCUGGGAUGAAAAGUUGCCCAAAUACUUGUUGCUGCUCGCUGCACUUGCAGCGGCUGUCACUUACCAAGCCGCCAUGAGCCCGCCUGGUGGCCUCUGGGAUGAUGGUCAAACUAGCCACAUAGCUGGUGACCCGGUUCUUCGUACCAGCUAUCCACGUCGUUACAAGGCUUUCUUCUACUGCAACGCGACUUCCUUCAUGGCGUCUCUAGUGAUUAUGGUCUUGCUUCUGAUCAAGCGAGUAUGCAGAGCAAAAUCGGCCGUCUUGGCUUUGCACACUGCCAUGAUACUGAAUUUAUUUGGCCUGAUGGGUGCAUAUGUUGCCGGGAGCUGCAGGAGAGUGAGGACCUCUGCUUACAUCUUGGCACUGGUGAUCGGGGUUUCUGCAUACAUUGCUGUUCUUGUCGUUGUGUCCAUAGGUGUUGCCAAAUGGCUGGAAAGAGUCAUGAGUAAGAUGGCGGAACAAGUAGUCACCCUAUAUGAUUUGUAGAACCUGGAACCAUGAGCAUCGACGGGUCCAAGUCAUAGAUGUGAUGGUAUUAAUUCUUUUUGUAAAUAUUUUUUUCUUUAGAACAUUAGGAAGACAUCUGAAUCUAGCCUAAUCUCUCUGUCAAUAUUUUUUCUUUGUAAACCAUCAUUGUAAUUCGACCAACCAAUUGUGUUAUUUCAGAGAAAAAUGAGUCCCAUUGACUCACAUUUGUUUAUUUC